AUGGCGAAGAAGACAACGAUUGCUGGGAGGAGACGUCACACUGAAGAAGAUGGAUAUAAUGACAGCGAUGACGAUAUUUAUGACAGCCGUUCGCUGCGGUCUCCAGUCACAGAGAACCCUUAUAAACCGAACUUAAAGAGAACUUCCUGCGUCAGUUUAUUCAUAAGUGGACAGAGAGUACCUUCGUCAUACUCAGCAUUGGGCGAGAGUUCACCAAGCAGGUUGUUAGAUGAGCUCGCUGGCGGAUACCCCUACGUCUCGUUCGAUCAGCUGCUUCAAAUCAGCGACAUCAUUUCCUUGCACGUUCCACUCUCAGCCGCCACGACGCAUUUGAUCGGUGCUGCGGAAAUCUCAAAGGUGAUGCCCGGCGUGGUUAUCAUCAACACGGCCCGGGGUGCAGUCAUUGAUGAAGGGGACAUGGCUGUUGCACUGGAGAAUGGCCAUAUCGCUGCUGUCGGACUGGACGUGUACAAGAAGGAGCCGUUGAUUGACGAGCGUCUUGUUAAGAAUGAGCGAGCAUUGCGUGUGCCGCAUUUGGGGACACAUACUAAAGACCCUAGUCAAGGUGGAGUCCAUGGCUAUGGAAAACGCUACCCGGGGAGUUUGCGGCAAAGAAUUGUUGACCAUAGUCCCGGAGCAACUUGGCCGAGGUUUAUAGACAGUGAACUGUCAUCUCUGUAA